AUGCCGGAACCUCGCAGAGCUCUUAUUACGGGGAUUACGGGACAGGAUGGCUCCUACCUCAGCGAGCUGCUGCUGCAGAAGGGAUAUGAAGUCCACGGCAUCAUUCGUCGCAGCAGUACUGUGAACACUGAGAGGCUACUCCCAGUAACACAGAGAAUUCACCUGCACUUUGGCGACAUGGUGGAUUCGUCAUCCCUGUUUGACAUUAUCUCUCGUGUUCGUCCUCACGAGGUGUACAAUCUAGCUGCUCAGAGCCACGUGAAGGUCUCAUUUGAAAUGCCUAUACACACCACCGACGCUACGGCAGUUGGUGUUCUGCGCUUGCUGGACGCCAUUCGGGCUGCUGGCCUCGCACAAAGGACGCGAGUGUUUCAGGCGUCAUCUUCCGAAAUGUUUGGGUCAAGUGACUGGGACCUACAGAACGAAGAUACCCCAUUCAAGCCUUGUUCGCCUUACGGUGUUUCUAAGCUCUACGGGCACUUCACUGUGCAAACCUACCGGUCGGCGUACGGAAUGUUCUGUGUUAGUGGCAUUCUUUUUAACCACGAGAGUCCUCGAAGAGGAACAACUUUUGUUUCAAGGAAGAUCACAAUGGGCAUAGCUAGCAUCUUGAAAGGAGAGAUAGACUGUCUUGAACUGGGUAACUUAGAAGCUCGGAGAGACUGGGGUCAUUCGCGCGACUACGUAAAGAGCAUGUGGCUGAUGUUGCAGCAACCGACCCCGAAAGAUUACGUCGUUGCUACAGGCAAGUGGAAGGGUAAAGGCCUAGAGGAGGUAGGCACCUGCGGGGGCCGAAUACUCGUGCGUGUGGCCUCUGCACAUUUUCGUCCCACAGAAGUUAAUGCUUUGAAAGGAGACGCAUCAAGAAUUCGUAAAGAACUAAAGUGGCAGCCCGACACAACUUUCUCAGCCUUGGUGUAUGAGAUGCUGCAAAGUGACAUGCGCCUAGCGGGCUUAAGCCCUCCAACUCCAGCGGAGUGCAACAAACGCAUUUCGAAGCACAUGAAAGAUCCUGCUGACUUGUUGCUAAAGUAG